AUGUGGGGCGCCGUGCCGCGGCGGCUCCGCUUACCGGCGCGCGUGCGCGCACUCUCGGCGUCAGCGGCGCCACUGCCGGAGGUGGGCACGUUGCGUGCUGGCCUGGCCGCACGCGAUCUCGAGCAGGUUUGGGAGGCCUGGGAUGCUCUACGCGCGGAUACGCGCCGCGAACGCCUGCGCCGCCACGACUAUGCAGACAUUCUCGCGCUUGUGCGCGCCCACUUGCCCGCACUCGCACCUGCGCAGCGCCGCGCUCCGGCCUGGGCAGAACGGUGCCGCGCGUGGGGCCUGGACGCCGCGCAGCGCAUGGACGUACUGGGCGUACAGGGCUGGAUGCGCGUCGAGCUGCUGUGUGGGCAGCCAGCUGCUGCCAUCCGCCUUUUUGAUGCGUACUUGGAUGCGCGGCGCCGCGCACGGCCGGCCGGCAGGGACGCGGCGCUACUACUCGAUGCGGGCGGCGUGCGCCCCGGUGCACUGCACGACCUGCUCGCCCUGCUCGUGCUAUGCUAUGCGGCCGAACGCGACCUGCGCGGGCUCGUUGACACAAUGCGCUCCUUUGAUGUCGGCACACAUACCCAGCUGUACUUUGACUAUACCCAGUGUGCGCGGCAGUACAGCAAGAUUCGGUGGCCGCCGAGCACCAGGCACGCCGACGACCUUGUGCCACGCGCGCUCUCCUAUGUGUCGCACGCCGAGCUUGCGCGCGGCCUCCUGGACGGCAGUGGUGGACCGGCAGGUCCGAAUCGUAUUGCACGCCUGCUUGGCAGCCUCUUUGCGCGGGGCGAUAGCCCCGGGGCGUGGCGCCUGAUCCAAGCAGCGAUGGACGCGGGCAUACAGGCAGGUGACCGCGGUCCAGGGUGGCUCGCGCCGACGCCCGUGGCGGCGCCUGGGCAGCUAGGCGCGUGGACCGACAGCUGCUGGGCCGUCUCGCUGAGCGGUCUCCUGGCCGCGCGGCGCGAAGACCUCGCGUCGCAGGUGUGGGCGUGCGUGGGCGCGACGCAGGCGCGUGUGCGCGAGGCGUGGCCGCCGCUCGCACUGUGGAAUGCGGUCCUGGACGGCUACUCGCGUGCUGGUGACUUGCCGUCCGUGCUAGCGGCCUGGCAUGUGCUUACGCAUCAGGCGAGCGCGCACGACGUGCCACUCGCGCGUGGAGCCUCUGUGUGUGUUGAGGCGCCCAGUGAGGCGCCGGAUCUCGUGUGCUAUACGACCAUGAUGGCGGCACUCUUCCGCCAGCGCCGCGUGCGUGAGGCUACAGAUCUGUUCGCGCAGCUGCGCGCGCGGCCCGAGGUGCGCAUUCCCGUGGAGACGUACAAUGCCGUCGUGCACGGACUGUGUGUUGCGCGGCACAUGCGCGAGGCGCAGGCCAUUGUGCAGACGAUGGGGCAGGGCGACGUGCCGCCGCCGACGAUCACGACCAUCAACAUCAUGCUGCGCGCCUACGCGCGGCAGAAAAAUCUGCCGGCCAUGGCCGCGACGCUCCGGCGCAUCCUGCCGCUGGGUCUGCGGCCGGACGUGGUUACCUUUACCACGGUGCUCGAUGCGCUCCUGCGCCAUGCGACGACGCCGGCCGACGCCGAGGCCGCGAUGAGUCAGGUGCAGCAGAUCAUGCAGUCGAUGCAUGUGCCGCCCAACUCGGUGACGUUCACGGCGAUGAUCAAAGCGUGCUUGCAUGUGAAGGGCGAUGUCGAGCCGCGCAUGCGCGUCGCACUGCAGCUGAUGCACACCAUGUGCACGACAGUGAAGCUGGCCCCUACGGCCGUCACGUUCGAGACGAUGAUCGCAGGCCUCGUCCCGCCGUCGCGCCCCGUGGACGUGGGCACCGUGUCUGAGUGGCCGCCGCUCUUUGCCGCACCGCCGCCGCGCCUGCCGGGCGAGGUCGAGGAUGUGCCGCCGCAUGCGAAGCGGCUCGCGCUCGUGCUAUGGCACCAGCUGUCGGUGCGGCAACUGGCGCCGACGCCGGACACGUACCAUGUGCUCGUACGCGCGCUCCUCGCUGACGCCGACGACGUGCCUCUCUUCCGGCGCGGCGUGCUCGUGGCCGACGAGCUGCUGCGGGCGCGCGGCGCACUGGCUGUGCAGGUGGGUCUCGCCCGCGAGUCGGCGCCGCAGAGUGCAGUGCCGCCGGCCCCUGCGAGCUGGACGGUCGUGCUGCAUGCACUGCUGCGUGCGCACAAGGCGGCCACAGACCCGGCGCUCGUAGCGCGCGUGAUGGACGCGGUGCUCGCGCACUUUUCUGCAUCCGAGGAAGGCGCAGCUGCGAUGCUCCCGCCGACGCCCACGUACCACACGGGGAACUUGCGACACUACUUAGAAGAGGCAGCGAAAGCGCUCAAAUAG